AUUUUGUGGUUUAGGAGUGGUGAAAGAUCCAUCUUUUUUUCCGCAAAAGACUGUCUAAACAAGUAAAACAUUCACCAUGCUCAUGCCUUAUCAUCAAACUCCGAGAAAAUUUUGGAGAUAAGAAAACAAGCAGUCGAGUUGAGAGAUAAUACAUUGGUGAAUUGCCUCUUAACAAUACGUAUCCUGCAUUGUCUUCCAACAAUUGAUCCAAAUAGUACAUAAAACAUGAGUAACGAUACAGAUUCUGAAACUCUGCAUUUUGAUCUGAAUACUGGAGCUAAGAUUCCAUCUGUUGGCCUUGGAACAUGGAAAGCUGAACCAGGUGUGGUCGGUCAAGCUGUCAUUGCCGCAGUGAAGAAUGGCUACAGGCAUAUUGACUGUGCAUCAGUCUAUGGUAAUGAAAAAGAGAUAGGGGUUGCACUGAAGGAACUAUUUUCUACUGGUGUAGUGCAUCGCAGUGAAAUCUUUAUAACAUCUAAGCUAUGGUGCAGUGACCAUGCACCAGAAGAUGUCGCUAAGGCACUAAGCAAGUCUUUAGAAGACCUACAGCUUGACUACAUUGAUCUAUACCUUAUUCACUGGCCACUUCGUACAAAGCCUGGGUCACAGGGUUUGACUCCGGAAGUCAUGGCUCCAUUGUGCCUUCCAGAGACAUGGAAUGCAAUGGAAGGCCUGUACGCAUCCGGUCAGGCACGUGCAAUUGGUGUGAGCAACUUUUCGACUAAGAAGCUGCAAGACCUCCUUAGUUAUGCAAAAGUUCCACCUGCAGUAGAUCAAGUUGAGUGUCAUCCUGUCUGGCAACAACAUUCUCUCCACAACUUGUGCAAAUCAACUGGUAUUCAUUUAUCGGCAUAUUCUCCUCUUGGUUCUCCAGGGUCUUGGGUGAAGGGGGAAAUAUUGAAGGAACCACUAUUGGUUGAAGUUGCCGAAAAACUUCACAAGUCACCGGCACAAGUAGCGCUUCGUUGGGGUAUUCAGAGUGGACACAGUAUCCUUCCAAAGAGCGUAAACGAAUCAAGGAUCAAGGAAAAUCAAAGUUUAUUUGACUGGUGCAUUCCUUCAGAGCUCUUCUCAAAAUUCUCAGACAUUCACCAGCAAAGGCUCCUCCGUGGUGAUUUUGCAAUCCAUGAGAGCUGUAGUCCUUAUAAAAGCCUAGAUGAAUUGUGGGAUGGUGAAAUUUGAGACCGAUGAUUAACAAAUGAAGCCUCUUUUUUUAAUCCAGAGAAGUUUGUCUACCCCAUUUUACAUGGAAGAAAUUGUACACUUGUUGUU